AUGGGGUUUGAUAGCAAGGCGUUUAGCUAUUCUCAUGUUUCAGUUCAUAACACUUCUAAGGACUGUUGGAUCAUCAUAAAUGCCAAGGCAUAUAAUGUAACAAACUUCUUGGAUGACCAUCCGGGUGGUGAAGAAGUCUUACUAGCAGCAGCAGGUAAGGAUGCAAGUGAAGAAUUUGAGAAGGCAGGCCAUGGCAGUGCUGCAAGAUUGAUGCUAGACGAAUUCUAUGUCGGGGAGGUUGAUCCUUCGACCUACCCUACCCCGGCUACCACGAUUCUAUCUCCACCACAGCCUGAAUAUGACAGUGGCAAGACAUUGGAGUCUAUUAAUAAGAUCCUCUAUUUACUUGUUCCCCUUGGAAUCAUGGCAGUUGGGAUUGGAUUUCACUUCUACAACUGA